GAGUGGACAGCGAGGCACGUGCGUUCCACGUUUUGAAGGGGCCAGCGUUAGUACCAGACAGAUUUUAGUACGACCACUAUGGAGGCGAAGUCUCACCUGUUACUGCUCCUAGUGUCCGUCGCUGCAGCGAUGCCAGCUCCAGCGCCCAAAAACGAUAACCGGAGAGGCAGGUCCGAGGCAAGCAAAAGCGACGUUGAUUUUGUGGUCGUGCUGCUUCCCACCAACCCAAUGGAAGGAAAGAUUGACGUCGCCGAGCUGCUGAAGAAAGCGAGAGAUACCAUGCACCUGAUGCGACAAUCACAGCAACAGAAACCUCAGAAGUCGCAACCACAGCGACAGAAAUUUGACCAGCAACCUAUAAAGCAGACGCAGCAAUUUGACAUACAGGCACUGGAGACAGAGCUACCUGAGAUAGAUCCAAAGGAUCUUGAAGAGGGACAGAAACUUGUGGAAAUGUUUGAACAAUCAAUGGCUCAGCGACAAAAACAUAAAGAGGUCAAGAAACUUGAAGCGGACAACGAAGAGGACAAGAAACUUCAGAUGCGACAAUCACAACAACAGAAACCUCAGAAGUCGCAACCACAGCGACAGAAAUUUGACCAGCAACCUAUAAAGCAGACGCAGCAAUUUGACAUACAGGCACUGGAGACAGAGCUACCUGAGAUAGAUCCAAAGGAUCUUGAAGAGGGACAGAAACUUAUGGAAAUGUUUGAACAAUCAAUGGCUCAGCGACAAAAACAUAAAGAGGUCAAGAAACUUGAAGCGGACAACGAAGAGGACAAUAAACUUCAGAUGCGACUAUCACAGCAACAGAAAAAUGACCAGAUACCCAAAGAGCAAUCACAGCGAGAGCAACAUAAACAUGACCAGGUGGCAUUAAUUGAGCCAGAGUCACCUGAAACAGAGACACUUGAGAUAGAGCCGCAGGAUAAUGCAGAGGGAAAGAAAGUUAUGGAGCUGUUUGAAAAAUCACUGGCACAGCGACAGAAGCAGAAACGGCUCAAGAAACUUAAAGAGGAGCAACCAGUGUUGACCAGGGGGUAUUUUACAGAAGUCAUGCCAGAUUCGCCAGAACUGGCGGGUGCAUUGGAUACAGAUGAGUCACAAGAGGCAGAGAUGAAGUCGGGUGAGUUGCUGGAGGAAGUGAUGAAGAUGGCAGAAGAGUCGCCCCAGCCAGCGAUGCAGGUGGCAGAAGAGUCGCCCCAGAUAGCGAUACAGGUGGCAGAGCAGUCGCCCCAGACAGUGGUGCAGAUUGCAGAGGAAUCGCCCCAGGCAACGACGCAGGUACCAGAGGAGUCGCCCCUGACGUCCAUGGCGCCCUCCAUAAAAAAGCUGAGAGAAGAGGAUUGGCCCGAGGAGCUCUUCCCCUGUCCACCAGGGGAGCAGAGGGACGCCGAUGGUAAUUGCGACGAGAUCAGGUCAUUCCGUGAAUUUAAAAAUCUUGCAGUGCCUCCUUUCUGAAGAAAUAACAAUCAAAAAUUUGUUGGAACUAUCCACGACAGCAGCAAACUCAAGUAAUCGUAGCAAGGGCUCAAGAUCCAAAAAUUUUGUAUUUUUUGCUUCUACUUUAACCUCUGAUGUGGCUCUUGAAAGAAAAAUUCAAC